AACAACAAGGGCAGAGUUCAUGCUCUCCCAAAAUGGCGGCACAACAGACAAAGUGGUUUGUUGCCACUGCAAAUCUCAAAAGAGCAAUCCAACUAGUAAAUGACCUAGAUAUUUCAAGAUUUGGAAAGCUGCUACAAAGAAUUCUACAAAAGAUUCAUCUAAGGGAUGAAAGAUCAUUUACAGAUGAAGAAGAGGAGAAGUUACAGGCAGCUUUCCAGUUAAGCCCAGACGAGAUUGGGGCAGUUUUAGACACGCUAUCUUUUAUUUUGGAGCAAGCUGCAUACCACAGUGCCAAACCUGCAAUCCUUCAGCAACAGCUAGAAUCAAUUGAACUGAAUGCUGAAAAGGUGAAUGCCUUUGUUGACUUGUGGACUGAGAAUGGUGCAUCUGUGAUAACAAAGCUAAGGAAAAGGAGCCUGGCACCCAAACAGCUUGAUACUAUCAACUGGAGACUGAACCUACAGCUUGCACAAAAGACCAGAACAAAGAUGAAACUUGCAAAUGCUUUCGUUGAGCUUGGGUUAAAGUCGUCUUCUUCUGAGGACGAAAAAAUUCGACUUGAAUUCACGCAUGGCGAACUAUUUGAAUUCUUCCAAAAGCUAGAGACAAUCCAAAGCCAACUGGAUACAUUGACAAGCUAAUGAGGGAUGACUUUGCUGUUGUACUUUUGGUUUGCGAAUCGGUUAUUGAUUUUUCCCCAGGCUUGGUGGACUGGUCACACAAACUCAUGAAAAACUCUCCUGCUAUUUAGAAGGACGAGCGAUUAGAAUUGUUUAGUAAUCUCGGUAGUUCGUAGUUUUUCGGACGGAUAUUGCGUCGUUUUAAAUGAUUGUAUCUAGGUAACUUAAGCAGUUAUGUUGAAAUUUCUAUAUAAAGUUGUGAAACGUUUCUUUCAUGAUGUUUUUUUGUGGAAAAUAACAACCUCAAACUGAUAAAGAUGUAUUUGAUUAAGCCAGCAGAUUUGUGAUAGAAAAAACAAUCGGAGCAAUGGAAUUGUCCUUAACGAGCUCUUAAUCUCAGAAAAUGAAUUGUGAUUAGAAGCAUACUUGUGCAGCUUUCGAUUUGGCUUGGAUUUCGUUAGGUUCAAUUGUUGAUCAUUCAGUAAUCAUAAUUUGUAUAUAUAAAUAAUUUAAGAAGAGAAACUGGUGAUAGUGAGAAUCCUGUAAUUUUUAUUUGAUUUUCGUAUACCCUUGUUUAACAUAGUCACUCGGCUUAUUAUAAUUUUAGAUCAAUUAAGGAAAUAAUUAUUUUAUUCUUUGCUUUUUUGCAUUCCUUUAUGUUCCUCUCUUACUUAUUUCUACUGUCUAGAACACAAUUAGAAAACUAUUCACUCUUUUGUUGGUAAUGAACUCCUUAUUGCAUUUUAUGAUUUAAAAAAUUUCAACUAACUUUCAGUUAUCUUGAGUCACUCCGUGUCCCAGUUUUGUUAAUGGAACUCGAUUAAUGAACCAUGAUUUAUGUUGUUUAAGUUUAAUCUUUUAUAAACUUUAAGUAGUACGAUAUCAGAAACUUUUGAUA